UUUAUAAAGAUGGCUACUAGUUCGAUAGCAUGAGAAGUUAUUGGAUGCGGUAUAAACGUUGAGUGAAUAUUUCAUCGAAUUAUAGUUUCGCAACGGUGGACUUGGGUGAACUCUUAUCUAAAGCGGUCGCGUGGCUAUUCAUAAAUCGCAAUUGAAUCCAACGAAAGAACGAUUAAACUCGGGAAGAUGGGCCGUUCGCGUUCCAGAACGAAAUCGCCGAGCAGACGGCGUCACAAGAGCAAGCAUUCUCGCAAGCGAUCGAAAUCGCGUGAGAAGCACUCGAAUAACAAAUACUCGGAUAAACCAAAAGAACGUAGUUCCAAAUCUAGGAAGCGAUCCCAUUCGACAUCGUCCAGUACUGGUACGGAUGCAUCAGACGAUGUACAUAUUGUCAGUCAUAAAAAGCGCUCUUACAGGGACAGGGAUCGAAAAAUGGACGAAGUGGAGAGGCUGGCAGAAAUGGAGCGUCAAAGGAAAAAGAAAGAAUUAAUGAACAAAAUCUACACCACGAGCGCGGUUGGACGUCAACGUGAGGUAGAGCAAAAGAUGGUGGAAGAGGAAGCAGCCAAACGUAUAGAAGAACUUGUACAGAAGAGAGUAGAAGAGGAACUUGAGAAACGUAAAGAAGAAAUUGAAGCCGAGGUGCAAAGGCGGGUAGAAGAGGCAAAGAGGGCCAUGGAACGUCAAAUGAUGGAAGAGAUGGAAUGGAGACAAGCUAAACUACGUGAGGAGGAGAAACGAAGAGAGGAGGAAGAGCGGAAGAAGCGUGAGGAACUAGAGAGGAUUAUGGAAGAGAACAACAGAAAAAUAGAGGAAGCUCAGAAGAAACUGGCUGAAGAAAGAUUGGCCAUGGUUGAAGAGCAACGGUUAAUGGAAGAAGAGAGGCAAAAGAUGAGGAAGGAACACGAAAAGCGGGUGAAGGAAGAACAAAAAAGGAUCCUAGGCAAGAACAACUCGAGGCCUAAGUUAUCCUUUACGCUAAAAUCGGUUACGUGAGUCUGUGUAUUGUUACGUGCAGUUUCAUAUGUGAUAUCUACACAUCUUGUCAGCUUUCAUAUUUGACCAGCGAGAACAGUCGCCGUAGGUUAUACCUACACAAGUACAUAGUGCAGUAACGUAAGAUCUAAAGCUCACCCUAAUGUAUUCAAAGUGUUUGUUGAAAUCAGGCAAGAUUGAAUUUUAUUUGAUUCUGAUGAUAUAGUCAGAAUUAAAUAAUCAAUUCUCUUCUUGCGAGGUUUCAACAUAGAUACAAACGGGAUUUCACGUUAUGCAAGAUUGCACUGACAUUAGAAUGAACGAAUAUAAAUAUCUAACAUACGAAAGUAUUACGAUACAUUAGCAUUUUUAAUAUAACAUACUAAAAAAAAUACUUUUUAACUUUGUAUAUCAUUUAAAAUACUGUUUGGAGCCGUUGAUUCGUUCUAUCUGAUGUAAGUGUACUCUAGCCCAAACUUAGAUGUGUUCCGUGAUUAAUACAUAUACAGUUCAUAUAUUGUUGGUUCUCUUUAUCAUCUUAAUAUACAGAAAUCGUAAUGAUUUUAUUUCAGCGAAAUGAAUCAUAUAUAACGUAUUGAAUCAUAUGUAGAAAUGAUUUUAUUUCAGUGAUAACUCGUAUACAAAUGAAUUAUAGAAAAUUAUUUGCGUCGCAAUAAUAAUAGAUUUAAUUUUUCUUACUGUUAAAUUGGCUGAACAGGAUUUGUUACAGAAGACACGAGCAUUACUUCCCUUCUUUUAAUGUUAUCUGUUUUAUGACUAUCUUUAAAAUAUAACGUAUGAUAAAGGAUUUCGUGACAGUGCGGCGAAUUUUUACAAUUGCGUUAUUCGAUUAUACACAUCCGUACUCAUGUGUAAAAUCUGAUGCAGAAUAUAUUUAUUCUGCGACAUAGCAAUGAAUCAGUAUUUUACAAUAGAAAAUCAAAUUUAAAAUAUAACAUAGAAAUUUGAGACACUAAAAAAUUAAGUGAUUUUGUACGUGAACAAUGUAUGCAUGCAUGGAAGUGGCAAUUUUACUUGCGUUAAUCGUAUAAUUAUGUGUACGCAUUUUUCUGUGAAAAGAACAACAUUUAUCCGUAUAAGGUUGUAUACUCACCGCAUUGUUAUUUGUAAAAUAAACAUGUUUUUAAUA